CCCUCCCACGGCGAGAGAGCGUCCACCCGACGCUCAGCAACUGGAGCAAGCACGGGCAACGAGUCGCAGUAAAACAGCAGUGCGGACUCGGAGACAGUACGGGGAAAACGCACAUCGAGCGGUGGAGAGUGGAGUGGAGUCGAAUGCAGCGCGAGUGAGUCCAAAACGACUCGUCUCGUAACACCGAAGCGACCGAGAGCGCCUACUGCCGCCUACUGCGCCUGCGCUGCCGCCGCGCAAGCCCAAGCGCAACGCAUCCGCCUCUGCCUCAUCCUCUCCUCCACUUGCUGGUCGCUGCCAUUGCCUGCGCCUCCACUCCACUUCUCGCGGCUCGAGAGGCUGACGGCGGGGCGCCUCGAAUUUCGCCCUCUCCGACGAGCGGAGGCGGAGGAGGGAGCCCAGGAAGAGGAUGCGAAAGCAGUGAAGAGAGGAGGAGAAGAGGGGGGAACGGAAAUCUCAGCUGCUGCGUCAGUCUCGCAGAUCUGCUCCGUUGAGCUGCUGUUUCACGGAAUCACCAUGGGUGGAAAUCAUCGCCAUGGGUGGUAGGAUUGGUUGGGUGUCGCCGAUCUUCUCGCUUCACGCCAACUAAUCGAGUGAAUUGUGGGAAGAAGAAGAAGAAGAAGAAGCCGAGUAGACGACGGCAAUGGCGUCGUGGGAGAACCUCGGGGAUGUGGCGACCGUCGUGCAGCUGACGGGGCUCGACGCGGUGCGGCUCAUCUCCAUGAUCGUGAAGGCGGCGUCGACGGCGCGGCUGCACAAGCGCAACUGCCGCCGGUUCGCGCAGCAUCUGAAGCUCAUCGGCGGCCUGCUGGAGCAGCUGCGGGUGUCGGAGCUCAAGAAGUACCCGGAGACGCGGGAGCCGCUGGAGCAGCUCGAGGACGCGCUCCGCCGCGCCUACCUGCUCGUCCACUCCUGCCAGGACCGCUCCUACCUCUACCUCCUCGCCAUGGGCUGGAACAUCGUGUACCAGUUCCGCAAGGCGCAGAACGAGAUCGACAACUACCUCCGCCUCGUCCCGCUCAUCACCCUCGUCGACAACGCCCGCGUCAGGGAGCGGAUGGAAUACAUUGAAAGGGAUCAAUGUGAAUAUUCUUUUGAUGAUGAAGACAAGGAGGUUCAAGAUGCUCUGUUAAACCCUGAUCCAAGUACAAAUCCUACGGUAGUGCUCAAGAAGACUCUGUCAUGCUCUUAUCCAAACUUGCCAUUUAACGAAGCGCUUCGAAAGGAAAGUGAGAAGCUCCAAGUAGAACUUCAAAGAUCACAAAGCAACAUGGAUAUGGGCCAAUGUGAGGUUAUUCAACACCUCCUAGGAGUGACUAAAACUGUGGCAAGUUCGAUUCCAGAGAAAUGUGCCACUCCUAAGGUUUCUGAAAAAGCUGACUCUAAUCACACAAAAGUCAGUGAAGAUAGUGCAAAAACAUAUCAUGAUGACUCUCCAAAGAAGCAAAAGGAUGCCUGCACUGCACCACGAAGUUCUCCGCCAUCUUCUUAUGGCCAUGAUCUGGUCUCAAGCAGAGGAUCAUACAGCGACGAGUGGCAUGCAGAUUUGCUUGGUUGCUGUUCAGAGCCAUCUUUGUGUUUGAGAACAUUCUUUUUCCCCUGUGGAACAUUCUCAAAGAUUGCUUCAAUUGCGAAGAACAGGCCCAUGUCAUCGUCGGAAGCAUGCAAUGAUAUUAUGGCAUAUUCCCUGAUAUUAUCCUGCUGUUGUUACACUUGCUGUGUGAGGAGAAAGCUUCGUCAAAAGCUAAAUAUUGCGGGAGGUUGCAUUGAUGAUUUCCUAUCACAUUUGAUGUGUUGUUGCUGUGCGCUUGUUCAAGAAUGGCGGGAAGUUGAGAUUCGUGGAGCUUAUGGAGAGAGGACUAAGAUUAGCCCACCCUCAUUUCAGUACAUGGAACACUAAGCAGCGAUGCAAGGCUUGAGCUUCUGUGAAGAUAAUGACCUAAAGGCUAGAGCAACCCGGUAUCGUACUACAAUAGUAAUGAUGACACAGCUACAACAUUGUUGUAUUUAUGCUUACCCUGCAUUGUUUGUGUUGGUACUCUGUUUAUAGUAACAUCAGUUGGUGUUGGGCACAGUAUGUUGUAUGUAGUACUUUGUAAGAAAAAACACAAGUUACAUGCCCUCGUUGUGCUCGUCUCUGUUGAA